ACAUUUUGCCAGUAUUACACAGUAAAAAAAAAAAAAAAAAAACAAACCGAAUCAAGCCUCUGUUGUGUCUGCAGCUCCAAAAAGUGCAAUUUUAUUUUGUCCUCUUAUCAUUUCCGGCAGAUGUAGAGUUGGUUUAAUCUCUUGAGGUCAGUGUGCCUGUCAAAAGGUUUAUUAUCUGCUGGAAACUAACAACAAAAAAGAGUCCCACAAAACAAAAUGCUGACAUGUCCAGUUUCAUGUUCACUAGUCAAAACAAAAGUCCUGCCAUAUGGGCCAAAGGAUUAAUAAAGAUCCAGAACAACAAUACUCACAUGGAUCCUGUGUAGUGUAUUCAAAAUAAUCACUUUGUCAUUAAUCAGAGAAUGGGCAGAGUUACUGUAAUGAAUUGAAACACAUCAGGUUCAUUUUUUUUUUAAACUGCAGAGCGUUGAUGUGCACAGAGAAGGCUUGAAAUCUGGAAAUAAUAAAUCUAUGUAUCGUUAUCUUUUGCCAGCAGAUAAGAGACAUGUCUUUACACUUAUUCACAUGGAGCCUAUAUUUUCAACACUGUCGGCCCUGGAUGUAACCUUGGAUCAAAGAGUCAUGCAGUCGCCUGCACCAGUGCUUACUGUUCAUGGAGCAAAUCUUUGAGGGCUUUGUCUCCUCAUUUGAUGAGAGUGUAUUUCUGGUUGGCAGGAGGCUGCAGCUUCACAGACACCUGUUGUGUCUCCUUAAAGCGACACGGACCCUACGGGCUGCAUCAAGCGUCUGUUCGUUUGACAUCAGCAGCGACAUCAGCAUCCUCUCUCACAGACACAAAGGCUUGUUGUGUAACUAAUUGACGGCUUUACUGUUGCGGUGGGCAAAUACGCAUUAAGGGCUGCGGUUUGUGUGGUUAUAUUCAUUAAGACAUUCCUGCACGGAUUGGGGCGACACAGAGCGAGGGGGGCUUUACAUAAUAAAGUGCAUGCUUUUCACGUGAAAUGCCCCUUUAAAAGCGGGCUCUUCUCUUCAGUCACACUGAGGCACAUCGUAAACGAGCGGACAGAGAGGAGUGAAAAGUCAGUGACAGCUGCACUUUGUUGAGUCAAUUCGGUUUCAGGAUGGUUGCGUCUUACCCCUUACCCGAGGGCUUCUCCGAGUUUGAUGUGUUCUCCCUGGGAUCUUGUCUACUGGUGGAGGGUCUGCUGGGCUUCUUUCUCAAUGCGGUGACAAUCGUUGCUUUCCUCAAAGUGAGAGAGCUGAGGACCCCCAGCAAUUUCCUGAUCUUCAGUUUAGCGAUGGCUGAUAUGGGCAUCUCCAUGAACGCCACCAUCGCCGCUUUCUCCAGCUUUCUGAGGUACUGGCCUUAUGGCUCUGAAGGAUGCCAGACUCACGGUUUCCAGGGUUUCAUGACAGCUCUGGCCAGUAUCCACUUCAUCGCCGCCAUUGCCUGGGACAGAUACCACCAGUACUGCACCAGAACAAAGCUGCAGUGGAGCAGCGCCAUCACCCUGGCUGUAUUUAUCUGGCUCUUCACUGCCUUCUGGUCCGCCAUGCCCCUCAUUGGCUGGGGAGAGUACGACUACGAGCCGCUCAGGACCUGCUGCACUCUGGACUACAGCAAGGGAGACAGAAACUAUGUGUCCUACUUGAUCCCCAUGAGCAUCUUCAACAUGGCCAUCCAGAUGUUUGUUGUCAUGUCCUCUUACCAGUCCAUUGCACAGAAAUUCAAGAAGACUGGAAACCCCAGGUUCAACCCCAACACUCCUCUUAAGACUAUGUUGUUCUGCUGGGGCCCCUAUGGCAUCCUGGCUUUCUAUGCCGCCGUGGAGAACGCCAACCUGGUCUCCCCUAAGCUCAGGAUGAUGGCUCCUAUCCUGGCUAAGACCUCGCCAACCUUUAAUGUCUUCCUGUACGCUUUGGGAAAUGAGAACUACAGAGGAGGCAUCUGGCAAUUCCUCACCGGGGAAAAGAUUGAUGUGCCUCAAAUUGAGAACAAGUCCAAAUAAACUGAGCAUGCAAUAAUCACACACUCUUACUGUCCUGGUGGUUUCUCACAGGUACCUAGAUGUUUCUGUUUGUGAGUGUAUGUGCAUGUGUUGCGUCUUGAACAAUGGUGUCCCUUGCACACAUCUGUCCUGGAUUUGUGGUUCAUUGUUUCUGCAGUUGUGUUUCGUAAAGGAUGUGACAAACUAUAACAAACUCAUGAUUUCUCAGGUCAGUGUCAAACUUAUUGGAAUUUUCUUUUAUUAAGUAGGUGAUGAUUUUCAUCUUUUAAGAAAUGUUACUGAAAACAGACGUCAUUCAUGUUGGCUGACUGAAAAUACAAACAGUCCUACGAGGAAAGUAGUAUGGAGCUUCAAACCAAAUUAUGCACAUUAUAGCAAAUAUUGGAAUUCAUUCUGUUAAAGAACAUUAGCUAUUUACCCUAAACGUUUAAUGUAGCAUGACUUUUCUUUUGGCGGAAACAUGAUAUAAAUAACUAGUUCACUGGCCAACACCUCUGUUGCCAAGAGACUGUCAUCUGAGCUCUGUCAAUAAUCCUUAAGUAUGUCUUCAGUGCAAAAGUCCCCUUGGCAAACAGCCAUUCAAAAAUUUUUGCUACCUGUCCGUAUCCUCUGGUUGAGGAGGGAAGGUCUAAAAGAAAUUAAUUCAGAAAAAAAAAACCAAACAAACAUCAUAACCGAGGGCUAAUGUCACAGAUUUAUGACGUUUUUGACCGGAGCCUGGGGACACUCUUUAUCACGGCUGUCGAUGAAAUGUGAAAAUGUGUGCAUGCCACGGAUGUCCCGUCAGGCUCUGUGAAGUCGUGAGGGAUAACCAGAGUAGAACUGCACUAAUCCACUCCACAAGAGGACUAUUCUUCAAUACACAGCCCCCGCAACAAGUUAGAGAUUAGUCGCUGGCUGUAGAUGAGCUGGACGUGUUUCUCGCCUCCAGAUUUGCAUAUGAAAUAAAGGAGUAGUCAGAUUGAAUUAUUGGUAUUUACUUAAUAAAAUGUAUAAACGAUUAAAUAAAUGAGUAAAGAUUAGGCUGGAAAAUUUGGACUUAGACACUUUUUAGUUCAUAAUUUAUUAAUUAAACAUGUGAAUGUCAUUAAAUGGUACAAUUAU